AUGGCUGGAUAUCACUCAUUGGAUCGAAAAACUCAUCUUUUGAAUUACUACCGUUUUCCCAGUGAAAAUCCUUACAGGUUAGCAGCUGUGGGACAGGAAACAUCUGCUGCCACUUUGGCGAUGGUCAGUCCCCGACAUGUGCCUAGUCGACAACAGUUCAGCCUGGCGCAACCGAACAUCGAACCAACUCUUGCCAAUCGACACAGCGUUGCCGCUAAUCGUUCGGCGCGUUCCGUUUCUCUUUCUGCCGCUGGCAUGUCACGCUCAAUGGUCCUGGUUGAUGGUACUGGCUCGGAUUCGGAGCUUCCGACAGCUAUGACAACCCCCAACAACACUCCAAACAACGGUCGCCGGCUUGACCAUCGGUCAUCCUCAACGACUAACGGAAAAAUGGCAAUCAAAAGGAUACCGCUUACUGUUGCCGCCGAAUUUUCCACCAAUGAUACUCCAGCUACUGAUGUAUGCGAUAAGCGGCGUGCAGGUGCUGCUCACGUGGAUUAUCAGUAA